UAGCUUUCCACAGCCCCACCACCAGGAUCAAGAAGGAGCCCCAGAGUCCCCGCACAGACACGGCCCUGUCCUGCAGCAGGAAGCCACCACUCCCCUACCACCAUGGCGAGCAGUGCCUUUAUUCCAGUGCCUAUGAUCCCCCCAGACAAAUCGCCAUCAAGUCCCCUGCCCCUGGUGCUCCUGGACAGUCGUCCCUGCAGCCCUUUCCCCGGGCAGAACAGCGGAGUUUCCUGAGACCCUCUGGCGCCUCCCAGCCGCACCCUGGCCAUGGGUACCUCGGGGAGCAUAGCUCCGUCUUCCAGCAGCCCCUGGACAUUUGCCACUCCUUCACAUCAUCUCAGGGAGGGGGCCGGGAACCCCUCCCCACCCCCUACCAACACCAGCUGUCGGAGCCCUGCCCACCCUACCCCCAGCAGAGCUUCAAGCAGGAAUACCAUGACCCCCUGUAUGAACAGGCGGGCCAGCCGGCCGUGGGCCAGGGUGGGGUCAAUGGGCACAGGUACCCAGGGGCGGGGGUGGUGAUCAAACAGGAGCAGACGGACUUCGCCUACGACUCAGAUGUCCCUGGGUGUGCGUCAAUGUACCUCCACCCAGAGGGUUUCUCUGGGCCCUCUCCUGGUGAUGGGGCCAUGGGCUAUGGCUAUGAGAAAACUCUGCAACCUUUCCCAGAUGAUGUCUGCGUUGUCCCUGAGAAAUUUGAAGGAGACAUCAAGCAGGAAGGGCUUGGCACGUUCCGAGAGGGGCCACCCUACCAGCGCCGGGGUGCCUUGCAGCUGUGGCAGUUUCUGGUGGCCCUGCUGGAUGACCCAACGAAUGCCCAUUUCAUUGCCUGGACAGGCCGGGGGAUGGAGUUCAAACUAAUUGAGCCUGAGGAGGUGGGCCUCUCAGAGGACUCCACCCCCUCCUCUGGGCCUGGUGAUGAGGGAACCUGGGAAAUGGCGGCAC